ACAAGCCAACGGAAUCUUGCCAGUCUCCAACCCCCAAACACAGCAUGAAUCUCUCCUCCUCCGUAUGUCGCCACCACUCUCCUCCCUCAUCGCCGGAGAACUUAAUUUCUAAUUUUAAAGCUUUUGCACUUCCGAGCUACCCGAUUAAUCCGAUUCUUACCAAGAAAAACAUUGGAUAUGAUAAUCUUCGGAAAUCACGGCCUUCAGUCCACUCCAAUUCCAUCAUCGUUAGUUCUUAUGGAGGAGACAGAAAAGCCUACGACGCCACUUCAGAGUCGUCUCCGGCGAAGAAGCUACGACAACUACUUGAUUCUCCCGGAAUUCAUCAAGGCCCUGCUUGUUUUAAUGCUCUCAGCGCCAAGCUUGUAGAGAGAGCUGGCUUUCAGUUCUGCUUCACGACUGGUUUUGGAAUAUCGGCUGCUCGAUUAGGCUUGCCAGAUACCGGACUAAUAUCUUACGGAGAAAUGGUGGAGCAAGGGCAACAAAUUACAGAAGCUGUAUCCAUUCCAGUGAUCGGCGAUGGUGAUAACGGAUAUGGAAACGCCAUGAACAUGAAGAGAACUGUGAAGGGAUACAUCAAAGCAGGAUUUGCAGGAAUAAUUCUCGAAGAUCAGGUAUCCCCAAAAGCUUGUGGUCAUACACAAGGAAGGAAAGUGGUAUCUAGAGAAGAAGCUGUGAUGAAGAUAAAAGCAGCUGUUGAUGCUCGGAAAGAGAGUGGUUGUGACAUUGUUAUUGUAGCAAGAACAGAUUCACGUCAAGCAUUGUCCUUAGAAGAAGCUCUUUGGAGAUCAAGAGCUUUUGCUGAUGCAGGAGCUGAUGUACUUUUCAUUGAUGCACUUGCUUCAAAAGAAGAGAUGAAAGCAUUCUGUGAAAUCUCUCCUGGAGUUCCUAAAAUGGCUAAUAUGCUUGAAGGUGGAGGGAAAACACCAAUACUGACUCCUUUAGAACUUGAGGAGAUAGGAUAUAAACUUAUAGCUUAUCCUCUUUCUUUGUUGGGUGUAUCCAUUCGUGCCAUGGAUGAUGCAUUGGUGGCUAUUAAGGGAGGGCGUGUUCCUUCUCCUGCAAGCAUGCCAUCAUUUGAAGAAGUCAAAGAAAUCUUGGGUUUCAACACCUAUUAUGAAGAAGAAAAACUUUAUGCUACUAAGAACACUCAACCUGUGUGGCAAACAGGUGGCGGAAAUCCGUAUGGUAUUAGAAGAUGGGGUCAAGAUGAUAAAGAGCAGACAGGUGAAGGUGAAGAAGCAUCGAAGCCUGUUGUUGAACUGAUGAAUCCAGAUAUGUAUAAGUAUGGUGGAGGAGGUUCAAAUGAUCCUUUCUCAGGGAUCUGGUCUCGUUCUUUAAGAGUCAAAAUCACUGGGCGAGAUGGCUUUGAGAAACUUGAUAUCCGAAUUCCUGCUGGUUUUCUGGAUGGCAUCACGAAUAUUGUCCCAGCUUUGGGAGGAGUAAACAUAAAGGCAUUGCUAGAUGAUGUAUCAUUUGAAGUGGGAGGAAAGCUGUUGCUAGAUUUUAAAGAUUCAAUGGGUGACAGGAUACAAGUCUUUCUGGAGUAAAAUAUGUUUAUCCUUCUUUUAAACAAACUAAAUUACUUACUAGUUUUGGUGCCCAUUUUACGUCAUUCUGAUUGAAUACACAUAUUGUUUGCUCUUA